AUGGACACAGUAACUGAUAUUUUUAACUCAAGUGUCUUGGCUUUUCUCUCCAUACCUACUUCAGCUUCCAAUGACAGUUUGUAUCCUGAAACUGCUCUUCUUCCUCAGUUUACUGGUGCUACAUUAGUGGUUCUUGCUGUAAUGAUGGCAACUGCAGCAGUUUUGAUAACACUUGGAAAUGUAUUGGUUUUACUUGCCUUCAUAGUAGAUGUAAGGCUUAGAACACAGAGUAACUUGUACCUUCUCAGUUUGGCUUUCUGUGACCUUUCUGUAGGUAUAGUCUGCAUUCCUUUUUAUAUAGCGUAUGGGCUAUAUGGAACAUGGACACUUGGAAAAGGACUUUGCAAGUUCUGGAUGGCAACGGACUAUAUCUCUUGUGUAGCUUCAGUUUUUAACAUUGUUGUGAUCAGUUAUGAUCGACAUCAAGCUGUCACUAAACCAGUUGCACAUCGAGCUCAGCAAGAGAAAAUGUGUAACAGCAUUGCCAAGACUGCUGUUCUAUGGCUGCUUUCAUUUAUAAUUUAUGGUCCGGCUCUGAUUUUUUGGGAUAUUAUCACUGGACAGUCACAAGUACCUUCUGACCAGUGCUUUGCUGAAUUUACAUAUAGCUGGUACUUUUUAGUUUGCUUUCUAACUUGUAAUUUUUUCAUUCCCUUCUUCAGUGUGAGUUAUUUCAAUCUAAGCAUAUACUGGAAUAUCAGAAAACAAAUUAAAAAUAAGCAAAUUAAAGAAAUUAAUAAUUUGAAAAUGAGGUCAAAAAGUGGAAGAGAAGAAACAUUUUUGUCUUUUAUAAAGUGUAAGCUUUCAUUAAAGGAAAAUAUAGCUUGUUCUUCUAUGUCAAAAGAAUCUGCUAUUAAUACAUGUUCUUGUAAAUCUCUUUCAAUGCAAAACAUGGAUGAAAUUAUUAGUGAUGCCAGUAACAGGUACAGCUCAUCAGCAGUGGAUGAGCAGAAAAUGCCACCUCAAAUCUCUACAUUAAGACUGUCGAAGGACAAAAAGAUUGCAAAGUCCCUUGCUUUGCUUAUUAGUAUUUUUGGCAUUUGCCAGGCACCAUAUACACUGUUUUCUAUUAUUAAUUCACUAAGUUGGAGUGACAUUGAACGUUAUUGGUGUUGGAUCACAGUGUGGAUUAUGUGGCUAAACUCUCUCAUAAAUCCUCUUUUGUAUCCAUUGUGCCAUAGCAGUUUCCGAAGAGCAUUCUGUAAAAUAUUUAACUUUAAAUAA